AAUUCAUUUUUCCUUACACUCACUUUCAUCAGACUCAGCGUGUAAGACGUGAUAAGAGCAGUGGAAGAAGAACCAUAAUGGGUGAACACGCCGUGACUAGCAUCCCUCUGGACGCCCUGUCCGACGUGUCCGAGAGCAGCCGCGAUGAAAUACGCGAGCAUUGCGGCCCCGACGUCUAUCAGGAGCGAUUCCGGGUCGACCGACCCAAGCUCGAGCAAAUGAUGCAAGCGGAAAAUAACUGCGCAGAGAGAUUCUUUCAAAAGAUCAUGGAGAGUACCAGUACUUACAUAUCUUGGCCCCAACGCCUGAAAGUUGGAGCAAAGUCUAAAAAAGACCCCCAUGUCAGAAUUGCUGGCACUCCUGAAAACGUGGCAAUUGCUCGAACAAGAGUUUUGGACGUGCUUGAAGCUAAGCAAUGUGACAGGGUAAACAUGAAGAUCGACGUGAGCUACACAGACCACUCUCACAUCAUCGGCAAGGGAGGCAAUACUAUCAAGCAGGUGAUGGAAGCUACCGGCUGCCACAUCCACUUUCCAGACUCCAAUCGGACGAACCAAAAUGAGAAGAGCAACCAAGUGUCCAUCGCUGGUCCACUCACUGGUGCAGAACGUGCCAGAGCUAGCAUCCGCCGUUUGAUGCCACUGAACUUUAGUUUUGAGCUUCCUGUGAUCGGUGCCGCGCAGGCCAUUCCUGAUGUGAACAGCCCUAUGAUCAAGAUCUUCUGUCAGCAAUUCAACGUAGAGGUGUCCAUCAGGCAGCGCUUUAAGCUGCACUCGACGCUGGUUGUGGUCAAGGGCUGUGACUGGGAGGUGGAGCGUGUCAAGCAGGCAACUCGAAAUCUCAUCAAGUCUCUGUGCGGGGCUGAACAUGUGAACCAAGUGCCAGUGGAGAUGAGCCUAGAGAUAUCCACUCAGCACCACAGUGCUGUUCUAGGCCCUGGCAGUUCCAAUUUGCGAACCGUCAUGCGCGAAACCAAAACCAAGAUUCUAUUUCCCGAUGCUGAGGACCCAAACAUUCCGAGCUUGAAGAAGAGCAAUGUAAGGAUCAUCGGUGACAUCGACCAAGUUUACUUAGCCAGACAACAGCUAAUAGGAUCUCUGCCAUUGAUGGUGAUGUUUGACCUACCAGUGGGAAUAAGUACUGAUGCUGAGAACCACAUCAACCUCCUCAUGCAGCAACUCGAUGUUGGCAUUAAAAUGCGCCUGAAGUCACGCCAGAGCACUCACUCAGUAACAAUCAGGGGCAUCGAGCGCUGCGCCACUAAUGUUUACAUUGCUACACACACACUGCUGAACCUGGAAGGACCGCAAAUUAAGGCCAGCAUUCCUGACAGUUUCUCAAUUCGCAGCCUUCCUGAAGACUUCAGUGUGCGCACUUUGCUCAACACCACUGGGUCAAGCCGCCUGCGUCUGGCCAGCGGUGCCAAUGGCGCACAAGCUCUGCCCUCUCCGCCACUCUUCUCGCCGACGACCAUGCUGCCACCAAGAAACCCUUGGAACCAAGUGUGGCAGGAGCAGUACUUGCAUCCACACAACAUGAGCCACCAGAUGGCCUCCAACAUGAGCGUCAUGCCCCGCAUUGUGGUUCCCACGCACUCGAUGGUGCCCAUGUACCCAUCACCUGACAGCGCCAUUCAUUCCGCUUCAUUCAGUUCAAUGUCCAGCCCCAAUCUGAGCCCUCGCAUGUCCAACUCUCCAGGACGUAGUCACCAUUCAGACUCCAAUUCAGACAUUACCAGCAUGCCUGAUAUGGACCGCAGAGCUCCAGGCUGCGAGCGUAGAACCCUGAAGCCUGGUUCCAGCCUCUCUGAUCUGCGCAAAAUGGCUGGCUACAAAGCAAUGCACUCAAAAAUAACACCAGGAGAAACACGCAUACCCACCUCCCAUUGGGCCAGCACUGGUUUGAGUGCCUCACACCCUGAGUACGUACUUCGCAAGCUGCAGCAACUGGACUUGGCCUGCAGUCAGGAGAAGGACCCAAUGUGGCCACCAAGCGACCCUGACUAUCUUCCUGAUUGGUCUGCUAGCAACCUCUUCGAUUCAGUGUCAAAGCAGGCGCUGCAACAGCAUGAAAUGAACACCAGCGAUAUUGGAACACUUUUCAUGCAGCAUGGCCUCAGCAGAUACACAGAACUGUUUACAACUCAUGAGAUUGACCUCAGUCUCUUCCUGACCUUGAAAGAAGUUGAUCUGGUAAACCUGGGCGUUGACAAGUUUGGACCUCGUCGUAAAAUGAUGGCCAUCAUUACAGACUUGAAGUCCAUGCAAGUGAGAGAUUCGCCCUGAGCUGUAUUGAUUGACCCUGGUGACGACUUUGGCUGAGUUAACGGUUCUGAUUUCUGAUUGCCGAAAAUGGAUUUUUUAGUUGCUUCUAGAGAGGUUAACUUGAACUGAUUGAUGGUUAUUUAAGAGAGCACCUGAGUCUUGCAGCGCACUGUCACUCAAAACUUACUAAGCAAAUUAACUGAGGAAUUUAUUCAUGAAUAGAUACUAUUUUACCUGGAUAAAUUCAAAUCGAGAAGAGACAAAAAUAUUAUAUAUUUAUUGUGCUAAAAAGUCAAGAUUUUAUGUGAAUUUGUUUGAAAAAGUCAUGUAACCUGUAUAACUUAUUUUCCUUGCACAAGUUUUAUUUAUUUAUUGUUAAUUUCAAACAAAACCAUAUAGUCCGUCUAAAUAUGUGCUUCACGCGACCCCCAUUCCCAAUUGUGCUUUUCACUUGUCAUGUUGUUUAGAGUUCAAUUUUUACUGUUAAACUAACAAAUUCGGUGUUGGACGAAACUAACUAUCUAAGGUAGCAGAGAAUUCUUUUUGUUUUUGAUAUAUUUCCCCUUUGUUAAAGCCACUCAACAUAAUAUAUAAUUCAUGAUCAAAACAUUGCUCAGAGCCCAAGACUGAGACCUGUUUAAGAAUGGAUUCUGGUAUACCAAAGCUCUAAGAAUCUAGAUGUGGCGACAUUGACACUGAGCUGUUGUGGUUGCAAAGCCAGAACCGUUCUUAGAAAAUUUCUAUUGCACCAGCUGGGCUGGACUUUAAUUAACCUAAUCAGGACUGAUUUACUAC